GAAUGGUGUGUGAUCUGUCCUGGGUUGUUCCCUGCCUUGUGCCCAUCGACUCCAGGAUUGGCUCCACAUCCCCCAUGUCCCUGAAUAGGCAGUUACAGAAAAUGGAUGGACAGAUUUUCCUGGGAAAGGCUCCUCCAUUUUGUUUUUAUAAGUCAUUGAUGGUGAAGGAGACAAAGUCAUAAAACAGCAAAAAAAAAGAAAGUGAGAGUUUGCUCAUGCCAGGACAAAAAGACAGAAGCCAAACAGAGCGAAGCCUGAGGCAUGGUGGCCUGCGUGAAAUGUCACAUGCCGCUGGUGGGAGCAACGGCACCGUCUUCACAGCGUAUCCUGAUAAAGCUUUGACUGUCUCAGCGGCCCCUUGGCCUUCUGGACACCGGCCAAUAAGAAACGUGGAAGUGCAGAGCAUGGGCUGCCAGCACCAUGCCGUUGGCGUGCCGGUCCCAGCUGAGACACCCGCUUCUGGGAGGGAGCUGAGGAAGAGACCGGCCCCCGGGGACCGAGCGCAGAGCUGGAGGGGAAUCCCGGGUGCGACGGCCGAUGAACGCCUUCAUGGUUUGGGCGAAGGACGAGCGCAAGCGGCUGGCUCUGCGGAAUCCCGACCUGCACAACGCCGUGCUCAGCAAGAUGCUGGGUCAGGCGUGGAAGGCGCUGGGUCCAGCCGACAGGUGGCCGUUUGUGGAGGAGGCGGAACGCCUACGGCAGCAGCACCUGCAGGACCACCCCAACUACAAAUACCGCCCCCGCAGGAGGAGGCGGAUUAAGGCUGUUAAGACCCAGGAGCCCCACCUGGUGCCCCACCUACUGCCAGAGCCUGAAGGCUACGGCCUGCCAACACCCAGGCUGUCCCUGCCAGACGGGCUGGAACGAAACAAAGGCGAAGAGGUGUCGGCCACCUUCUUCCCAGAGCAUGUGGAAGAGGGAGUGGUCCCCACAGUCCUUUGGGAGAGGCCUCACCCAGUGAGCCACCCCCUUGCGACCCCCCAGGGAAAAACCUGGCUGCAGCCUCAGAGCCACCUACAGCCUGCCGGUAGGUACUACGAGUGCUUCUACACCGAAGACGGACAUGGAGGGGGCCUCGGGCACGGCCUCAUGGGGCCAGCGUGCCCCCACCCUGAACCCGCUACCACUCCGGUCUUCGAUCCUGGUUCGGACGCCAGCAUGGAAUUCUGGACGGAUGCGGAGUGUGAUGAAUUCGAGCAGUAUCUCAGCAGCUCGGAUCGGACUCCACUGGAGGGGGUCGCGCCUGGAUGGGGUCGGAAUGCCCCCCAUGUGGAAAGCAGCCCACUGAUCUCGGCACUCUCGGAUGCAAGUAGCGCUGUCUACUACAGCACCUGUAUCACGGGCUGAGUGAAAGGGCAACCGUCACCCUGUAGGGGGCGCUCUCCACAGGAGAACCACUGUAACUUUUUAAUAAUCAGAGCAGAAGGCGAGAUGACCACAAAUAAGAAAAUUUUAAAAAGCAGCGAAAAAAAGUUUUACUAAACUAUACAAAACUGUUGCUAACAGUAAGAUCAGCAGCAGCAUUGGAAGCAUGAGGUCGUUACGGCAUUAACACGUAGUUUAAGAAGGCAAAUGGGCACCAUAAGGCAAGAUGUGCAGCUGAGCUUUAAACGCAGUGCUGGGCAACACUGCUGCUGUUGUAAACGUAGCAUUGUCACAUUUUUCGGAUGUCUUUGUUUUUUGUUUUUUUUUCCUCACCACCACGGUAAAUUUGCUGGUCAGAGAACGCGCUCAGCCCUGGAGGAAAUAGUUUUGCAUUGUUUGGAGAGCGGAGCAUGUCAGAGUCGUGGCAGACUCCCCUUGUACCCAUGUGAAUGCACAUCCUUUAAACUGGGGGCCUGGGGGGCAUGCUUUUUAGUAUGUAAAUCAGAAACAUGCGCUUUCAAUGAAACUAUAUAUUUAUAAUAUUAUUUUUGUUGACAGUGACACUACACAAGAUUUUUUUUCCCCCUAAGAUGAAAUAAGGAAUAUUUAGUUUCCAGACUGUUUGUCCCAUCAAAUAGUUGUCAAGUUAUUACUUAUCUUUCUGUCAUCAAACGGCGUCAUUAAAAUGAGUUUUGACAUACAUUUGGGAAUGAAGUGAAGAAUGAUACGUUUGAAAAAUAUUUGUUUUCUAUUUUUCAUCUGUAAAACAUUGUCAUUUUAAAAUUUCCUCAUAUCUUGGGAUCUCCUGUUGGUUGCACAUAAUAAAGCUAUGGUUUUACGUCA